CCUGCUUUGUUGUGCGCGCGCCUGCCAGGUCACUGGGACGAUCACUGGGACCAUCGGAGACGCUCUGUUUUGGUCCAGUGAGGACUCAGCACCCUGACCAGCGAGCAGGAAGUCACCUGGCCCCUGGGGCUCCUCGGCGAGGAGGGCAGAGCAGGGCAGAGCUGGGCAGUGCUGGGGCAGGCUCCCUCGCCUUGGCCUUGAUUCAGUUCCUUCCAAGGAGGGAAGGAAAGAGCGGUCGGAGGGGUGUUUCCUGAUCGCGCGGAGGUUUCUGCCGGGCGUCCGUCCUGCCUCUCCAUCUGAACUCGGCGCAGCUGCCGGGAGCUGGACGGAAACUCUCGGGUUUCCGUGAGUUCAUGCGGACCGCCGAGGCCCCCACCCUGACACUGUGUUCCUGGGACGCCCAUGGUAGACUCGGCGAGAACCAUGACUCCUGGGAGCGAGGGGGGCCCGGCAGAGAGCGUCUUCGACCUGGACUACACCUCCUGGAAGGUCCGCGCCACGCUGGCGGUCGCCGGCUUCGCCUUCUACCUGGGUGUCUCCGUGGUCUGUCACCAGCUGUCGUCCUCCCUCAAUGCCACGUACCGCUCUCUGGCGGCCAGAGAGAAGGUCUUCUGGGACCUGGCGGCCACGCGCGCCGUGUUUGGCGUUCAGAGCACGGCGGCGGGCCUGUGGGCCCUGCUGGUGGACCCCGUGUUGCACGCCGACAAGGCCCGCGGCCAGCAGAACUGGUGCUGGUUCCACAUCGCCACGGCCACCGGCUUCUUCUUCUUCGAGAACGUGGCGGUUCACCUGUCCAACGCGCUCUUCCGCACGUUUGACGUGUUUCUGGCCGUCCACCAUCUCUUCGCCUUCCUUGGCUUUCUGGGCUCCGUGGUGAACCUGGGAGCCGGCCACUACCUGGCGAUGAUCACGCUGCUGCUGGAGGCCAGCACCCCCUUCACCUGCGUGUCCUGGAUGCUCUUAAAGGCCGGCUGGUCGGACUCGCUGCUCUGGAGGCUGAACCAGUGGCUGAUGGUGCACAUGUUCCACUGCCGCAUGGUGCUGACCUACCACAUGUGGUGGGUGUGCCUGCGCCACUGGGACGGGCUGCUCGGCAGCCUCCACCGGCCGCACUUGGCGCUCUUCCUGGCCGGGCUCAGCCUGCUCACGCUCGUCAUCAACCCCUACUGGACCCACAAGAAGACGCAGCAGCUGCUGCACCCCGUGGACUGGAACUUCGCGCAGCCCGCACCGAGGAGCGGCCGGCCUGCCGGGGCCAAUGGCCAGGUGCCACCCAAGAAGGGGCAGUAGCCGCAGGGCCCAGAUGGCAGCGCACUGCGGCUCCUGCCCCCGGGCCCGCCGGCGCCCCCACACGGUCCCCCAGACACACACUCCGAGCCCAGCACAGUUUCCAGGUCCGAGCCACUGUGGCGUGCGUGUGAAUUGCCACGCAGCCUCCGCGUGUUCUGGAAGCCACAGUUUGCCUCGGAGGGUGGGGUUUUGCCGUUACGACUCGCUUAUCUGCCGUGGUCUGUUCCUGCACGCCUGCCCUGGCGGGGCCCUGAGCAGCACUGAGGAGGGGUGGGGGGUGAAGGCCGGGCCACGGGCUCCCGUCCGUGGCGCUGUGGCCGCCAGUGUGGUCUUUCUGGUCCCACGGCCAGCGUGUCAUAGGUCCUGUCCAGUCAUGGUGUCCCGCUUAGCUGGAGAGACCUGCCCCGGGCCAGUAGGGUGUCCUGUUGGUAUCUCUCGUCAGCGCGCCCUGCGUGAAGCAUGCGGCCCACCGUGCGCACACGUGUCAGGCUGAGAGCACGUGGAGACCACGGGCAGGGCCCUCCACCUGGGACCGGAUCCAGCCUGACGGCGUGCGUGGGUGACUGCGAGGCCUGCGGGUCAGGGCAUCUGUAGGAGGACAGGAAGUGCGUGUUCACGCUCUGUGGCUCACCUGGCAAAACACGGGAGGUGUGCGGUCAUCAGGUCUGUCUGGACCGGAGAACCGUCUUAAAUAGACUGAGUUGCCGGUGGCUUCUGUGGCUGGUGUUUCUGUGGCUGGCUUCUGGGGGUUUCCAGGCCGGCAGCCAUCGCCUUCUGCUGUGCGCUGAGGGCCGGACGGCAAGGCCGGCGGCCCGGCUCCCUGUGGAGGUGUGGGUCCCGAGGCUGUCGCCUUGUCCGUGCCCGGUGGUAGUUACAGCAGCCUGGCACCCGUGCGGGGAGACAUGGGCACCCCACUUCUAGAGCUCGCCAGCCUCUCUGCCUUGCCCAGACACCUGUGUCCCCUCGGCAGCGCCUCCUUCCAGGGGGGCGGCCCCCAGUGGGUGUCCGUCAGGCCAUGAACAGGCACAGAGUAGGUCUGCGAAGCCACAGUGCAGACGUUAGGAAGGUGGGGCCAUUGCAGCUCCUGACGUGUGGGGGACCCACACACGCAUCUCGUUCUGGCCAUGACUGUGCAAUUAAAAAUUUAUUUUUUAUCAAAAGUCCCUUAGACAAGUUUGCAAAAACCACGUGUUUAUUGGUCAUGGGGAUGCCCGACCUGCGCUCACCCGGGACCCACAGCUCACAGGGCCGUGUCCUCAGUGCUGCUGCCUCGAGUCUCGGACCAGGCUUCGGUCAAGAUGUGCAAUACCUAUUUAUCUCUUUGUAAGACGUGCCGUGGGGCUCAGCAGCGCCCGGCGCGCCACAUCCCCGCAGAGACUGCCGGGAGGGCCCGCGCUCCUGCUGCCCGCGGUCAUGCGCGGUCUCGCGGAGCUGGUGUCACUGGUGUUUCCUGACGGGACGGAGGUGUAAUAAAGUAACUUAAGUUUAUAGACUCGAAA